AUGCCGAUGGUUUUUGUGAACAAAACCAUCUGGCACAAGUCAUGUGUGAGAGCGGUCUCACCCUCAGCCACGGUCCUCUACUCAUACAACAAAGCUAUCGACGGCUUUGCGGCGAGAUUGACUGACGGCGAAACUGAGGCUCUCCGUCUUCAACCUGGAGUUGUCUCAAUCUUUCCAGAGCGGUCUCACAGAGUUCAGACUACAAGGAGUCCCUUCUUCCUCGGCCUUGACGACAGUCAACAAGAGCUCUUCCCUAGCAACGGCUCUGCUUCCAAUGUAGUCAUCGGCGUCAUCGAUACCGGAGUCUGGCCGGAGAGCAAGAGCUUCGACGACAGGGGAUACGGUCCGACGCCGAGAACCUGGAAAGGAGAGUGCGAAGAGGGAACGAACUUCACGGCGUCUCUCUGCAACAGAAAACUCAUCGGCGCCAGAUUCUUCUUGAAAGGUUACGAGGCAGAGUAUGGUCCACUCGACGAGUCAAAGGAGUCCAAAUCUCCGAGGGACGUAUUCGGACACGGAACACACACUUCAUCGACCGCAGCUGGAUCGGUGGUGAAAGGCGCCUCCUUUUUGGGCUACGCUCCGGGAGUGGCUCGUGGGAUAGCUCCACGAGCUCGGGUCGCCAUCUAUAAAGCGUGUUGGGAAGAUGGCAGGUGCGUGACUUCCGAUCUUCUAGCGGCCGUGGACAAGGCAAUUGAAGACAACGUAGACGUUUUGUCCCUCUCCGUAGGCUUCCGCGCAAACGACUACCACAGCGACGCUCUUGCAAUCGGAGCAUUGGCAGCCGUCGAGAGAGGGAUUUUCGUGUCUGCAGCCGCCGGCAAUGAGGGUCCAAGCGAGUCAACUCUGAUAAACGUUGCUCCUUGGAUAACCACGGUCGGAGCAAGCACAAUCGAUCGAGAUUUUCCCGGCACUGUCAUCCUCGGAAACGGAAAAUCAUUUGCCGGAUAUUCCUCCUUGUUCAAGGAGCGUCAUCGCCUACCCAAUAACCAAAUCCCAUUGUUAUACUCGGAACAAGGCGGCGACUUCGCCGGAAAGCUCAAGCUGGUCGACAUGGGAAGUGGAGGUACAGAAAAAGAUGAGAAUGAAGCCGCUAAAUCAAGUGGUCCGCUGGGGAUUAUCUACGCAAAUACGGAGUUGGAUGGGGAAGAGAUUGUGGCGCGGUAUAGGUUACUCCCUUCGAUCGCCGUCGGCAAAGAAUCCGGCGACCAAAUCAGGAAUUACGUCUUGACAGACUCUAAUCCUACGGCGAUGAUUGUUUUUAAGGGAACCGUCGUCAAUGUCAAGCCAUCGCCGGUGGUGGCAGGGUUCAGUUCGCGUGGGCCAAAUCCGAUCACGCCGGCGAUUCUGAAACCCGAUCUUGUUGCGCCAGGUGUCAACAUUCUCGCGGCGUGGACCAGAGCAAUCAGACCCGAAGUCGACACGCAGCAUACACCGUUCUUCAUCCAGUACGGAACAUCUAUGGCGUGUCCUCACGUGAGCGGCAUUGCGGCCCUACUCAAGGCGGCGCAUCCCGAUUGGACUCCGGCGGCGAUUCGCUCUGCUCUAAUGACAACGGCCAGAAGAACCGGCAACGACGGAGAGCCAAUCAUCGAUAGCGCUGGUCGUACACCGUCAACACCGUUAGCACACGGUGCCGGACACGUGUCUCCGGUGGCUGCCUUGAAUCCGGGGCUAAUCUACGAUUUGACGGCCGACGAUUACAUUGACUUCUUAUGCGCUUCGAAUUACACGGCAGCCCAGAUUAGGACCGUCGCGAGACGUGAUUUCACCUGCAAUCCGAAGAAGACGUACAGAAUCGCCGACUUAAAUUAUCCUUCAUUUGCCGUCAGAGUCAACCAUUCACUCAGUGAAGGCGGCGCGUACAAGUACACGCGCGUCGUGACAAGCGUUGGAGGAGCCGGUACGUACACGGUUAAGGUAGUUUCUGAUAAAAUGGCGGUUAAUAUUUCGGUCGAACCGGCGAUUUUGAAAUUCAGGAAAGUCAACGAGAAAAUAUCAUACACGGUUACGUUCACCGUGAAGACGUCGAUGCCGUCGGGAACCAAUAGCUUUGAGAGCAUCGAGUGGUCAGACGGACGACACGUGGUCAGAAACCCCGUUGCACUAAGCUGGCCAUAUUGA